CUAGACGGUAGAACGAGUCUGUAGUCACGUUAUUUUGUAGUCCUUGAUUCUGUUUCUCACUGUCACUUCUAUUCUAGGGUUUGUUCGAAUCAAAUUCGACGCGACGCGAAGUGAAACGAUCUCUCUUCUAAUCCAAUUCUCAGGUGCUAUUCUGUCUUUCUGUGAGUAUGGCAGAGGAGGUGGAGUACCGUUGCUUUAUUGGUGGCCUUUCAUGGUCAACAUCUGAUAGAGCUUUAAAAGAUGCAUUUGAAAAGUUUGGUCAUCUUCUUGAGGCAAAGGUUGUUGUUGACAAGUACUCAGGUCGUUCUCGUGGAUUUGGGUUUGUCACUUUCGACAAGAAAAAAGCAAUGGAAGAUGCUAUUGAAGCAAUGAAUGGAAUUGAUUUAGAUGGGAGAACUAUAACUGUGGAUAAAGCUCAACCACAAGGUUCAGGGAAGGAUCAUGAUGGAGAUCGUUACCGUAGCCAUGACCGUGGGCAUGAUCGUGACCAUAACCGUGCCCAUGGCAGUGGACGUGGAUCUAAUGGUGGAGAGUGUUUUAAGUGUGGCAAGCCUGGACAUUUUGCUAGGGAGUGCCCAACUGAAGGGAUGAGAGGCGGUCGGUAUGGUGGUAGGGAUGAUAAAUAUGGCGGCAGUGGUGGUGGUGGUCGUUACGGUCCUGACAGAAAUGGUGAUCGAUUUGGUGGGCGCAACAGAGAUGCUGGCAGUCGUGGUGGUUCUGGAGGUGAUCGCUAUAAUCGUGACCGUUCUGGACCUUAUGAGCGUCGAGGAGCAGGAGGCUUUCGUUCAGGAUAAACGAUUGCUUCUGAUCUUGCAGGGGAGUUGGAGUCACUGCUUAUGCUGCCUGAAGAGCAUGAAGUUUCUGGGUGGAUCGGUACCGUAUCAGUCUUUUGACUCCAAAACUUGGCACAAAUAUUCAACUGUUAAUUGUUCCUAAAAUGCUCAAUUUGAUGUUUUGGCUGAAGGAAUCUUGUGCUUUCUGACAUGAAGUGUGGAAUUUGUUUUACUCUUUGAAUGCCAUAUUGUCUGCUCCAUUCUCGUUAUUUAUUCAUAGGCAGCUAGCCAAAUUGCUGCCAGAUAUUCCA